AUGAACGAAAAGGAGCAAAAGAGACACGCCAAAAUUGUAGAAAGCGUAAAGUACACGCAAAAUGAAAAUAUCCUUCUGGAAAAUUUAAAUGCAAUUUAUCAGAAUGAAGGAAAAAGACAAGACAGUCACGUAGUGAUACAACUUAUUGACAUAUUUUUAGAGGAAAAUAAUUACUCUUACAAUGAAAAUUUUUUGUUUAAUUAUAACCUUUUGAAAAGGAACAAGGAGUUACAUUUAAACGCCGAAAGAAAAAAUAAAUCGAAAUUUAGCAAACAGUAUAAAAUAUGCGUGAAGAAUAAAAACAUCGAAAAGGUGAAUGAAGAAGAUGCUUACUAUUUUGCCUUGAGAAAAAAAAAUCUGUGUACUUUUAGUCGCGAAUUUGUAAAUGCCAAAAAAAUUAUUUUUCAGUUCAUCUGCAACAGUGUGCUCAAGGGAUGUGUGCAUAUAAAUUAUUUAGUUGAUAAAAUUUACGUAGAUUUUCAAAUUAAGAGCAGCAAAAAUGGGUUUACUCCACAGAGCGGGAAUUAUUCCAAACACCUAAUUUGCAAUGACGAUUUGGUGAACAUCCUGAUCGAAACGAUCUUCACCCUUGAUAUUCAAAAAAGCUACCUGAUGCAUUCCAAAGAGCAGAAAGUGAAGGAUGAAAGCCACGACGUGGACGAUAAGAACAUCAACUUGGUGAACAUUUUAAAAAAACUAAUUACCAUUGAUAAAAGUUUUGUCAAAAAUGUGUUUUAUAUUUUUUUGAAGAAUGUAGAAAAUGUCAGCUUUAAAAAUGCUCACAGAAAUGAAGCCGAACUGUGCGCACGCGUUGUGAAUAUGUUUAAAGAAAUUAUUGCCUACUGCGAUGAAUUUGAAAUAGGCACCGUGUAUCACAUACUGCUGAAUAAUGAAAUGGUGCGGAGAAACCAGGUCCUGCACACGUACGUCGAACCGUUGCAGAGGUUUCUACAAUUGCUAAGACGAAAUGUGCAUUCCUUGAAGGACAGAUUUUAUCACGUGUUAAAAACGAUCCUAUUUUUUCUCAUUCUGGUGUUUCACAAUUUAAACAUUGACAAGAAUGAAGCAGUGAUGUACAUUUUGGAAUGUUUAGAUAUACUGCUUGAGAUUUAUUACCCAAAUGGGGUAUUCUUCAGGGGGAGUGAUGCGCUACCCAAUAUACUAGGUAAAGGCACUACAAAGGAGAGGGAUAAUGAGGACGCCCAUGUGGCAUGUGAAGAGCACAACUCGGUUGGCGAUGCAGAUGAUAGGGAUCCAUUCUGCUCUGAAACGGAAGGGGUAACAAAAUCAAGGCGAGGUGAAAGAGAAGCCUAUACUAAUAUGAACAAAGUGGAGGGAAGUGUCCUGGGGGAUAACAGUUCACUCCGCUCCAAGUGGAACCCCCACGAGAUGAACCUUUUCCAAUUUAACAUCUCGCCGUUGCUUCUAUGUUUAACAAUUCCUAUUCACCUUGAGUACAACCUUAACCAGAAGAACGAAGAAAAUUCGAACGGGGUCAAUCGAAGAAUUAUGGACACCUCGAGGAGGCUAAAAAGUAAGUGGGUUACGUUCUUCACAAAUUAUAAUAACUCUUUUUUGAGCUACUUAAGGAGGAGGGAUAUGGAGAUGGCCCACGGGUUGGAUGAUAGUAUUCACGGAGGAAAUUUUUCAACAGUGUUCCACAGAACCAAGUGGAGUGGGAGAAACCACCUCAGUAUAAUGGAAAACAUAAUGGAGGAGGUGAACUACCUAACGAGUGAAGCAAACAAUUUAACAAAAGAAGACGUUUUGGAAGUCCUUUGUGUAAAUAAUAUUUUAUUUUAUCUACACGAAAUAUUUGUCUACAUCGAUCUGAUUUAUCUGAUGCGCUUCUUCCAACUAUGCGAAAAGGAUCAGCACAAAUUUCGAUGCAUAGACGUGGUACGCAAAAACCGAGAAUUGCUUGUGCUCUCCCAAAUGAACACAAAAUUGUGUAUUAACACAUUUGAAAAUUUGAAAAGUGAAAAUAUAUCGAAAGUGAAUUUUGUUUACAUCAAUUUAUUGAUAUUGUCUUUAUUCGAGUGCAAUUUAUUUUACGUUUUUAAAUUUAUGUCAUAUUACUGUUUAAUAAAUUCGUCUGACUUGUUGAGGUUUAUUCCUUCUUUGCUUUUUGUAUAUAAAAUGUCUUUCUCGAGCUGUGCAAUACAGGGGGAGAGCUUCAAAAUGAGGGGCUCUUCUCCCGCUGGGGAAUCUGCACACCAGGGAGAUGCGCGCCGGCAUGCGUUUGUGUUGAGGAGCCUAAUUCUGCACGUGCUGACCAAAAUCGGAUGCAGCGAUAGGAACAUUCCAGUUGUCUAUAACUGCAUUUGUAUUUUGCUGAACAGUGGGAGUGGCCAAACGGAGGGGAAGGAAGACUUGUCAGUGUACCCCGCUGAUAGGUUAGCUCGCCCCACUGAUGAUGGGAUAGAAUCGGAUGCAAGCGAGGGAGGGGAAAGGAGAGGAUGCUACUACCAUAAAACGGAGGGGAACCUUUCCGACCAAAUUCUGUUCAACAAGUUGUAUCUCCUACACUGCUACGACAAAUUAGUGGACGUGAACGAAAAUAUAAUCAGCAAAUAUUUCAAGUAUGUGGAGGGUACCUUCGAGUUGGCAGGCCACACUGGGAAGGAUGACGUGGGUGUGGAUAGGAAACACAUCAUCCGGAAGAGCAGCAAAGGGGGGAAUCCCCCUCUAAAUGAACCACAUCACCACGAUAGUACUAACAACGGGAACACCAUCGGCUACAUGACGAAGGAAAAUGUGGGCGUACUUUUUGACUUAAAAAAUGUGCUCAUACUGUUGAAGCUGUGCAGAUUUUACAACGUUAGCAAUUAUAUCAGUAGUAUCAUAAAGAUGAUAAACUCCUUUUUUAAAAAAUACAAAAGUGGGACUUCGCACCAGGGUUAUGUUGGCAAGCUUCAAAAUGGCAUUAUCAAAAUGAGCAUACUAAUUUUGGUGAUCCUCUCGAUGAAGAAGUACAUAGAGUUUGAAAUUAUUUAUAAUUUGCUGAAGAAGAACUUUUUAAAGAGCGCAGUAGGUAGUGGAGGGAACAGCGGAGGGAACAGCGGAGGGAACGGCGGGGGAGACAUCAUUUGCUCCGUCAUUUCCUUCACGAGGUACUACAUCAUGCACAUGAUUUAUGACAAGGAGAAGCUGUGUGCCGAGCAGUAUGAUAUUCUGUACCAUACAAAGCUGAAAUACAUUUUUAAAGACUUUUACAAAUUACUGAGCAUGAACAAUGAGAGCAUCCUGGCCGAGAUUGUUAACGUCAUUUCGGUGGUUUAUCCAAUGUACUACCAACAUUUUGAUGUGAAUGCACAAGAGGGUAGUGUCAAUGGCAGUGGGAUUUUCUUCGAACCAGGGGAAGGUGGACCAGGUGAUGAGACCCAGUAUAUAACCCAUACAAUUAGCAACAGCAGCAGUGCAAUGUAUAGUAGAAACAUUGGGGUGUGCGAACUAAAUGUGCAAGAGAAAAAGAAUCUGCUGAGUCUGUUCUUCGACAAGAACUUCGUACAUGAAUCAUUUCUGAAAAGUGGGUCACACCAAAACAUUUAUGAGAACAUACAGAAGGCUAUUUUGAAGGACGAAAUGAAUAACCUGUCCUUGUACAACCUGAGGAAUGAGAAUAACAGCAAUAGCAACCACCUGGUGAGGGCCCUCUACAAACUUUUCAGCUCGAACAUUAAAAAUGAUAAGAUUUCUAAUUUUAAUUAUUAUGUGAAGUUACUACUUACCGAUAAGUUUCAACAUCUCGGGGAGAUUAUUUCCAUUUUGAAGAACUUGCCCUUUUUUCACGUUCACUACGUUUCUUUCUUUUUUUACGUGGUGAAUUGCUUCUUCGAAAAGAUGCGAAGGAAGUUUGACGCUGGGGAGGAGUUCAUUUUGCACGUACAGGGGAAAGCAGCUGAAGAGGAGAACCCAAAACCGGACAGGUCUAUUGAAAAAUCGAAGGGGGGUGCAACCCCUCCGGAAGCAGCCAAGAAAAGAGUCACAUACGAGAUUAUGUGCAACAGGAUGUACGAAGAAAUAAAGGGAAUCAUAAAUGAGGAUAACCUGAACGUGUAUGUGUUUUACCCCGUAUUGAGUAUCCUGUGCAAGCACAACAACGACAUUAACGAGAUUUUAAACUUCUUUUAUGAGAGAAUUGACUCGUAUAUUAAAGACAACGAUAACAAGUUGCAGGGAAACAAGAACGAAGUUGUUUUGAUUUUUCUUUGCCUAAAUUAUAUUCACACGAACGUUUCUCAGAUUCCAAACUUUUAUGUAUUUCUUACGAACCUGCUGGAUGAAGUGGCUAACCGCAAAGUGAGGAAUAUUCUCUUGCUGUGCCUGAGUUCGUGCUGCUACUACACCAAUUUGAGCGGCGCGGAAAUUUCGACGAUUCUGGCUCUACACAGAAGUGACUUGGUCAUUGGAGACGGGAUCAACUUGGCAUAUCACGCGGGGGGAGACAAAAAUAGUGACAGUGACCUUGUAAGGGACAAUGCGCAACGGAACGCUGAGGGAAUGGAACCACGGGACGAUGAUGAGAACCUGCACUUUUUCCUCUCCCUCGGGAACCUCUGCUUCUACCUGUACAAGCACUACAAUAGCCACACGUUCGACGAGACGAUGAAAGGAUUUUACGACUCCCUGGUAAAGUCGCUACAGAGAAGAGUCGACAACUCGAUUGUUCCGCUCGCGAAUGUUAUGAUGUACCUUUACAUAAAAAAAGUGAUCGACGUGUACGAAAUGAUGAGCACCGUCAAAAUGGUUGUGAUGAAUCUGGGGAGCGGCCUCGUGUACGAUUCGAAGUACGUCGUCUAUGGUCUCUGCUCCCUCUACCGCGUCUUAACUUUUUAUUACAAGAAAAAUUUUGACUGCUUUGUAUGCGAAGAGAGGCCCUUGGGGGGGAACACAAGUAACGAUUUAGACGUCAAGGGAGCUGGGGGUGGCACAAACCAAAGUGAGGGUCUCAAAGAAACGAUGCAAUUCCUAUCGCAUAGGAUGCACGAAAUCAUUGUACACUACUUUGAAGAACUGGAUGAUAAAAACGUGAGUCUCAUUUCAUAUUGCAAUUUGAUUGGGAUAAGAAGCCUCGGCGUGGAGUGCAUUUCGGCCGAUUACUUCGAUUCGAACGAGUGUUCCAAUAUGAUCAUUUUGUUUAUGAACAGAUUUAUAAAAAAAGAUUUCGAAAUUAAAAAAUGCGUAAGUGCAACGAAUAACAUAUUGGCAUGCACGGAAUCGGAGGACGAAGGUGAAACGUUGCAUGGUGGGAGUAGUUCCAUAUUGAGACGGAAAAUUGUAAGAACUGGUGGUUUGGGACAAGAAACCAGCACUUGUGCAAAACAGGACCAUAGUUUGUUCCUUUAUCAAAAUGAUAAUUACAAACUGAAUAGUGACAUUAUAGUGAAUGACCACAGCACGAUUUUGACACUGAUUUAUUUGUUCUGUUAUAAAUAUUAUGAAGAGAUAAAUAAAUCCCUGAUUAGGGUAGAAAAUUUAGAGAAAAAAAAUAUGCUCUACCACGUCUAUUCGAAUUUGCUGAGGGUUGAAAAUUACAUAAAGGGGUUUUUAAAAGUGGGGAACUUCCUCGACAUUGACGCAAACUCUUUUAAGAAAGAUAAAGAGUAUGAACAAGUUAAGUUGAAUAUGUUAUUCCAUAUGGAGGGGGAAGAUGUGAAGUCCCUACACGUGUUCAGAACCGAACUCUUUGACCAUUUGGGAAGCUUCCUAAAAACGAUGAAGCUCAUAAAUUAUGUAAAGUUGGACGUCCACAUAAAGGACGCCGUACUCAACAUAUACUCCUAUGUAACCAAACUGAUAAAAAUCUUUUACAUUCUCCUCCAAGUGAUGAUUGAAAAGAUCACGCAAAAUAUAAGUGAGAACAUGAAAAAGUAUUACGCAGUUUAUGAGGAGUUUAUAAGAAGGGUGCACAUCUUGUACGAAUGUCGAAUCAGCGUAUUUGAAUACUUCUCCCGUUUUAGCUGCUUCAACAAUUCAUAUGGCCACAUCUUUUGCAACUUCAGCAACUACUUCGAGGGGUUUAGCAUUUAUGAAAAGUAUAUGUUUGUUAAGUGUAUUACCAAUUUUAAGCGAAUAAAAAAAGAAGAAAUAAAGUUUGUGUUUUUGAAUGUUUUAAAAGGUGCGAAGUUGUUUCAUGAGGACUCGUCUUUGUGGAUCUACGCCAUUUCGAUACUUAACAUUUUGCUGAAAAGAAUAUACAAAAGUACGAGGAGAAGUGGGAAAGUAGAAAUGGACUCGGCGAAGAGUUACUAUGACUUGGGCUCCUACAUCAAAUUCGCAUUCGUCACCGUUUUUAACGAGACUGUGUUGGCUCGCUUCAGGGAUAACUACUAUAGUCACUACUCUGUAUAUCUGCGCACGGAUGAAUACUACCGCACGGGGGGAAUUCCCAAAGGGGGGGGUGCAGAAAAUGUCGAUAACUCGCCAAAUUGUGAGAAAUGGAAAGACCGACUUCGUUGCGAAGACUCAUUGGUGAGAGGCACACCGGGGGGAAGACAAACCAGUGCCAACUGUUCCAAGAACGUCCCUUACGUGGACAUUCCCUUCAACGUCAUGCUAUGCAUAGCCGAUUUCCUUGCCCACCUGUGUAAAAUAAUUAUUAAAGAAAAGCUGGACGACGAAAUAAACGUGGACGAACUUUUGAAAAAUUUCCCCGUCCUCAUUCAAGGGUACGUCAUGCUAAAAUUGAGGGCAUCCUUUAAAAGGUUAAAUUUGAUUAAAAAUAAAAUCCUGUUUUAUGAGCCGAAGGGUCACUUUACAUUUAAGGAAAGGUUACAGGACUUCUACUGUGCCCAGGAGAAACUCCGAAAUGGGGAAAGAACGAUCUCAUUAACAUUAGAUGAUGAGAAACUCUUCCACUUUUUUCACCACCUUUUUUGGGUAAAAGAGUGCAUCUCUUUAGCGUACAUAUAUAGUCACUUCGGAGAGAAGCAGAAGAUCCUAGACGGCUUGCUGCAAAUGUGCAGUGUGUCUCAGGUUAACAGGGAUUACCUCUACGUUGUGGUCACUUCCUUUGUUCUGUUUUGCAUGAAGUGUAAAAACAGUUCCUUCCUCUUGAAUAAUUUUAUGUACAAUUUUGGCCCUCUCAGCGAGUUGAGCGGCUUAUUGGGGGAGUUUUUAGCUGAGGGGGAGGGUGUGCCCUUUCCGUUUUUCGGUGGCGUGGCGAAGCGGGAGGAACUACCCAGUGAGCAUAGCGGGUUGGACAAUAGCGGGUUGGAUUCUAGCAAAUUGUGUUCAUAUGGUGACCUCUCUGAGAAUAGUCACAACAGUAACCGCAUCCCUGUUAGCAGCAGCAUCAACGGGGGAAGUACCCCCCCGAAGGAUGUCGAACUUGCAAAAAUUCUUUUCAUCAUCGAGGAAGAAUUCGUAAGGACGAAAAUGAGAAAUUCGUUUCGAAAAAGCACGCACACACAGGGGACGGAAGACAACAACCUGUUACAAGAAUUAUUUUUAAAAAAAGAUUUGUUCUUUUUAAAAAAAUUGGGAAUAUUUUACAUGAUAAAAAAUAAUGAUCAAAGAACCAAGUUGCGUGGAAGCUACAACAAAUUGAUUUCCCUUUUUUGCAAAAAAGAAGAACAAAAUUUGUUUAUUAGGUCGGGAAAUAUACGCAGGGGUGGAAAUGACGCGGAUGACAUUGCCAUGGGGGGAUAUACCCAAGACUUUGUCGAUAACUCCUAUAUGAACGUGACCUUUUUUAACUCCAACGCGGAAGAUAAUGCCUUCAUUUCGGGGGAGCUCCACAUGGGGUUUAUCGGCGAGGAUGUUCGGGAGGCGUUGUUUGAGGGAAGAGCCACCACCUCCGGCGGAGGUAACAAUCAAGUUCGCAGAAAGAAACUGACAGAUAAGCUCGCCAGGCAGUUCGCCCUGCUGCAGACCUUUUUUAAAAACUUAAGUUUCUUUUUCAUGACCUUCCCAAAGGGGAUCGUUUUAAACAGUUCGGAGUACUUCUUCCCCGAAAACAAAAGCCAUUUCGUACAGAAGGUGAUAAGUUUCUUGUGGCAGGAGUAC